AGAAAUAAUAUAUAUAUAUAUAUAUAUAUAUAUAUAUAUAUUAAAAGCGAGGAGCACAGAGCAAACGAAAAAAAAAACCUAAACCCUAAAGAUGAGAAACACAUUGGUGAUGUCGGACCUUCCAGGAGAUUUGUUAGAGGAGAUACUUUGUCGCGUUCCGGCCACAUCUCUGAAGCAGUUACGAUCUACUUGCAAACAAUGGAACAAUUUAUUCAAAAAUGGGAGAUUCAUAAGAAAACACUUGGAUAAAGCCCCAAAGCAGUUUCUGAAUCUCAUGUUGAACGAGUCUAGGGUUUGUUCCAUGAGUGUCAGUUUCCAUGGAAUUCCAUCUGUAGAGGCCACAGGUGAACUUAAGCUAAUCGACUCCGUUUCUAGUUUAGAAGAUCAAUUCGAGAUUUCUCAAGUCUCUCAUUGUGACGGCUUAUUGUUAUGCACCGACGACACUAGAAUCGUGGUUUGGAACCCGUGUACUGGUCAAACUAGGUGGAUCGAACCCAAUAAUCGUUGCUACUACUAUGCUUUGGGAUCCUACCAAGACAAAUCCUACAGUAAUAGCUACAAAAUAUUGGGCUAUAGUGGUUAUGGCUUCAAGAACCAAGAACUCGCAAUCUAUGAAAUUAACUCUCAUUCAUGGAGGUUUCUUGAUGUCACUUGUGACUGCAUCCUCCAAAGAUAUACUGAUUACGGCGUGUCUUUAAAGGGAAAUACUUACUGGUUUGCGUCAGAUGAGAAAGAGAAAAAUCACAACGUAUUUCUGGUCAGUUUUGAUUAUACAACUGAAAGAUUUAGACGUCUACGUCUUCCGUAUCAGUGCCCUGAUUAUAAAACUGCGUCUCUAUCCGUUGUUAGAGAAGAUAAGCUUUCGGUCUUGUUACAGCGCGAUAAUACAUCAAGGACAGAGAUAUGGGUAACAAGUAAGAUUGGUGAGACCAAAGUGGUGUCUUGGAGCAUGGUCUUAGCAGUGGAUUUCCCGUCCGAACUAUUUAUUUGUUCUGGCAUAAGUUUCUUGGUCGAUGCCGAGAAAAAAGUCGUCGUAUAUGUUGUGAUAAUUACUUCGGAAAGGAUGAAUACGACCGCAAAAAUUUGGUCCACAUUGUUGGAGAGGACAACAAAGUGAGAGAAGUUAAUUUCGGAGUAGCCGAAUCAUCUUGGCCGUUUUUGUUUAAUUAUGUUCCAAGUUUGAUUCAAAUCCGAGAAGGUGUAGGAGGCAAAAGAAAAAGA